AUGAUUGAUAGAAAGAGUUAGAGUCCUAUAGCUACAAACUAUAAUAUGGGAACAGUAAAUACCAUCUUUGAUACAGGUAAAGAAUAAGAGCCGACAAAAAGAUUAACAAGAUCAAUAAAAAAUACUAGUACAGAUCCACAGUAAAAAGAUUAUAUGCAAUUCUAAAAUUAACCUCUUUUAGGAGUUUAGGGUUCUUAAGAAAUGAAUUGUAAACAAUAAAUAAAUUUGGCAAGCUUAAAAUCCACAUCAAUUUACUUAAGAAAAUUUUGAGUAUCGGAAACCAUAAACGGAUAGUUUGAAUUUCAGGACUGUUUAAACUUAUAAACCUGAAGAAGUAAGUGCAUUACCAACUUCUUAAUUUAAUUACUAAAGUUUUGAGUACAAAAAACCCGAUGCUGGACGUACAGGAUCCUACAUUUAGUCAGGUACUUGAACUAUUUAUCAUCAUAGCAUACAAUACAACAUGUAUUAUAUAUUUAUAUGACUCAAGUUUAAGAACCAAUAGGUAGUUCUCUCAAUUUUCAAAAUAAAACUUUGUAUGAACCACUAAAAUAAGACAACACUUUUACGAAAUAUGAGUUUAAUACAUUUGAUAAAUAUAAGACCACUUAUGAAUAGCCUAAAACAUAUGAAAAGUUUGACCACUACAAAUUUGAACCAAUUAAAUAGGAAUAUAAUUUAUAUGAUAAGCCAAAUGAUUAUCAACUAUCAUAUAAAUCUAUUCCUUAAAUUCAACCAAAUUCAUCAGUUGUGUAAUUGCAUUUGAUUAACAUAGUUAAACUUAAUAUACUCCUUACUAUCCUGAUAGAAUUACUUUGGAUACUUAAUAGAAUAAAACUACUUUAAAUCCACCUCCACUUGCUUUUGAAUCUCUAAGCAUAGGGCCAAAAGCCACUGAUGAUUUAAUCAGAACUUCUGAAAUUUAAGUUAAGACCUAAAAUCCUAUAGAACCACUAAUGAAUAAAGUCUAAAAACCUCCUUCUGUACAUGCUGAAUCAGUUAAGAAAGAAUAAAUAUAUAGACCAACAACUCCAAUUUAUACAUAAUAAUAAUAUCAACUGUCUAAUUAAAUUUAACCUGAAUCACAAUUCAAAUAGGAACCAAUAGAUAUUUUUAACAAACCAAGUUAUCGAUGUACAAUAAAUGAUUUAAGUUAGCUGGAUUACCUUAAAAACAUGAGGAGAUUGUAAUAAUUGAAAAUGAAGCGAAUGAACAUGAAUUUUAAGCAAGCUGCCAAAUAUUCUGAUAUAUAU